GAGGCAGUUGCUAAAACCUCUGAAAUUCAACGAGUAAGCCUAGCAAAUUUUAGCAAUGGCAGCCAAUUUCAAUUCCGAUAGCCUGAAGGAGCUCCGGUACCGUUUCGAAGAUGCCGCAAUUAAAUGCUCAGAGCGAUGUCUAUACCAAUCUGCAAAAUGGGCUGCGGAAAUGCUAGACUCUUUAGUUUCGUUCGAUGAUAUCGACGAUGGUGCAGAUACAGAUCCAGACUCUCCAAUGGAGAUAACUUCUCUCUCACCGCCUAACCCAUUUCUACAAACACAAGACCCCGAAGAAGCUGCUUUGGAAGCUCGCGAAAGUAACAAAUAUAUCCUUGCCAAAUCGUACUUUGACACACGGGAGUAUGACCGAUGCUCCGCUGUUUUUUUGCCUCCUUCUACUUCCGCCAUCCCACUCGCCCCCAUCUCUUCAAACAAAAAGUCCAAUGCCCCAGUUACCCCCAAAAAAGCGAAAGGAAAAUCUACUUCUUUUGGAGGGUCGACAAGCAAUGCUACAUCUCAGAGCCCCUUGCCGCGAUUGAGCCAAAAGUCCCUAUUUUUAGCUCUAUAUGCUAAAUAUCUAGCGGGAGAGAAGCGGAAAGCUGAGGAAACAGAAAUGGUCUUGGGCCCAGCAGAUGGAGGCAUGACCGUAAACAGAGAACUUUCUGGCCUGGCACAGAGGCUGGAAUGGUGGUUUUCUGAUCGGAAGGCAAGGGGCCUGGAGGGACAAGGACAGGGAUGGCUUGAAUAUUUAUAUGGGGUUAUUUUGCUUAAGGGAAAAAACGAGGAAGAAGCCAAAACAUGGCUGAUUAGGAGUGUUCACUUGUACCCUUUUCAUUGGGGAGCUUGGCAAGAAUUAAAUGAUCUCCUUGCCAAUACCGAAGAUUUGAAGCGCAUCGCUGACCAGCUCCCUCAAAACAUAAUGACUCUUAUAUUCCACCUGUAUUGUAGCCAAGAACUUUAUCAAGCUACGGAAGAUACGCACCACAUGUUAACCGAACUGGAGAACAUAUUCCCAAACAGUGCAUUCCUUAAAACACAACGUGCUCUGCUGUUUUAUCAUUCUAAAGAUUUCGAGGAAGCAUCUCACCUUUUCUCUCAACUCCUAAUUACCAAUCCCCACCGUCUGGAUAGCCUCGAUCAUUACUCCAACAUCCUUUAUGUCAUGGGUGCGCGACCUCAACUUGCUUUCGUUGCCCAAAUAGCAACGGCUACGGAUAAAUUUCGCCCAGAAACUUGCUGUGUAGUAGGAAACUAUUACUCUCUCAAAUCCGAACACGAAAAAGCAGUAAUGUAUUUUCGGCGUGCUUUAACGCUAGACCGUAACUUCCUAUCUGCUUGGACCCUAAUGGGCCACGAAUAUAUCGAGAUGAAAAACACACAUGCUGCUAUCGAAUCCUACAGGCGCGCGGUCGAUGUUAAUCGAAAGGACUAUCGCGCUUGGUACGGUCUCGGACAAGCUUACGAGGUUCUCGAUAUGGCAUUCUACGCCUUAUUCUACUACCAUCGCGCCGCUGCGCUGCGCCCGUACGACCCGAAAAUGUGGCAAGCCGUCGGCUCAUGCUACGCGAAAAUGGGUCGUCUAGAACAGAGUAUCCGGGCCCUUAGACGUGCUCUGGUUGCAGGAUCAUAUUAUGAAACGGGCGGUGCUGGAGGUGUUGCCUCGUUUAAUAGCGCAGGCUCAGCUAGCUUACGGCAUCUAUCCCAUGGGGGUAAUGCAUCAAGUGCAAGACGCAUCCUUGAUCCGGAUACGUUGCAUCAAAUUGCAACUCUGUACGAACGUCUUGGUGACGAAGAGGAGGCAGCAGCGUACAUGGAGCUUACGCUCCAGCAAGAAACGGGACAGGUGGAUCCUGAGGACGAAGCUGAUGAUGACAACGAUGACGAUGCUGAUGGGGACAGUGGAAAUAGAACUGGUGCACGUCGUGUUUCUUCAUUCACCCAGCGCUCUACUGAUGAACCGGAUGACGAGCCGGCUGGUACGGGCGUUACUGCUACCACGAGUAAAGCGCGUUUGUGGUUAGCGCGCUACGCGCUGAAGUAUGGUGACUUGGACCGGGCUGAUUUGUUGGCCGGCGAGCUCUGUCAAGAUGGGAUUGAGAUCGAAGAAGCGAAGGCAUUGAUGAGGGAUGUUAGGGCAAGAAGGGAGGGUGGUAGUAUUUAACAAAUUUGGCAAUCCACCUCCCUCCCAUGAGUUGCUCGUUCCCUAAUGAUAUAUGAUUGAUGGUAUGACGGCUUUUAUGUCUCGUUGCAUUAUUUAUUACUCAUGUUUUAUUCCCUUAAAACGUCCCGAAUGGUGGUUUAUUUUUGUAGAUGUCAUGGUAUGUCUAUUUGUGAGGUUAUGAAACUCCAGACGAGUCGCAUAUAUUCCGUGCAAGGUUCUUUCCCUACGUAUUUGUACUGACAGUUGUGCACUACUAUAUCUUGGCCCAGCCAGUUAGAUGAUCAAACGAUCCAAACAAACGUCGAGCUGUAUUGCUCAUUAUC